AUGGAUCAUGAAUCUUUGAAACAUUUGAAAGGACAACAUAAACUGAACAAGAGACAUGCACGAUGGGUUGAGUACAUUGAGACGUUUCCCUAUGUCAUUCGGUAUAAACAAGGUAAGGAGAAUGUGGUUGUUGAUGCACUUUCACGCAGGUAUGCCUUAAUAUCUACUCUUGAUGCUAAAUUACUUGGUUUUGAGCUCAUUAAGGAACUUUAUCAUGUUGACCACGACUUUGGAGAGAUUUAUGGCGCUUGUGAAAAAUCUGCUAAGGGAAAGUUUUAUAGGCAUGAGGGUUUCUUGUUUAGGGAGCAUCGGUUGUGUGUACCUUAUUGUUCAUUGAGAGAUUUAAUUGUUCUUUAG